AUGGAUCAAAAACAAGAACCAGUCAAAAUACGUUUUUAUCCUCUUCUUACAGAAACAAGAUGCUCCAGAAACAAAACUUCAAAUCUGAACAAUAACAUAUUUUUGACUAAAUCAUCUGACACAUUUUGUAGCCCUGAUUACGACACUUCUGAAGCCUAUCCCGGAAAUCUAACCUGUACAUGGGUUAUUUCUCUUCAAGAGAAGAGGAUAAAGCUUUCUUUUCUAACAUUUGAUCUUCAAAACGCCAGUCCUGCUUGCCAAGAUUGCGAUUUUGUGUCGGUUCGGGACGGGAAAUACUCAAAUAGUCCAGUUAUUGGAACGUUUUGUGGUAGCAGAAUACCUAAUGACGUCCUCUCAACCGGAAAUCACAUGUGGAUUCACUUUCGUUCAGACGGGUCUGUGGAGAAGCGAGGCUUUAAGAUGUCAUAUACCACAUAUGAUACUUCGAAUGGUCUAUCAGCUGUUUCUUUUCUUGUGGCAUUGGCCGUCGUAGUUUUCAUUUUAAUUAUAGUUGGUGUUGUGGCUUCGGCAAUAAAAAGGAGAAACUCUCUUUCAUCAACCCGCGUCAAAGUCUAUAAAACCAGGCCGGGAAUAACAAUCAAGGUUUCUCCUGCUACACCAAUAGAAAAUCGGAGUAAAGCAUCGUUACAUAAUGACACAGUUACAGAUAGUAAUUUAGUUCUUCCCAAGGAAACGCGGAAAUUCCCGUCCUGGAUGAAACGCGGAUGGGACACUGGUGACAAGAGAAUAAGGCGGGAAAACGUGAGCGCCUGCGAGGAACAAACGUGUAGAAUGCAGGAAAAUAGUGAGCGGAAAAAGGCGAGAAAAUCAAAGAGGAUGGCACUGGACAAGAAUGACUCUUUUUCUCAACAAAUUUCUCUCAUAUUUUCAGUGAAGAAGAGUACUGAAGGCUGCUCGCCGAACCGCACAACGGACGAGAAUGAUAGAACUGAGAUCAGUGAACAGAGAGGUGAGCUUUCGAGCCCAGGAUAUCCUGAAUCCUUCAUGGAUGACAUCCAAUGCACUUGGUACAUUUCCGUCAAGAAGAGACACUCUAUCAAUCUCGAAUUUGAGUUCUUUGAUCUGGGAGAUUCCCCUCCGUGUUUAUCCAAUCAGGAGGUUCCUUAUUUAGAGGUGCGUGACGGAGUCCACCGUGACAGUAAGCGGCUCGGUUUGUUCUGUGGCCACGCAACACCUGAGAAGAUCUCUACCACUAGCAACGAAAUGUGGGUGAGAUUUAAGGCAAACCCGUACAGAUCUGUGAGGUUCAAAGCGAAAUAUAUAGCUGUUAAAGACUCUCCUCCUUUGAUACUGGUCAUCACAGGUGUGUCAACUAUGCUUGGUUUGAUGAUGAUUUUGUUAAUAUUAACUCUUUACCUUAAACGAAAACAAAGAAAUUCGGACGAAGAAAAUACUUUGACACCUGGUUGUGAAAACCAAGAAAACGAGCAGAACUGCACAGGUGGCACGGCUUCCUCAUCCGGGGAACACAUAGACCUUCAGUUCUCUCCUGUAAUGGAGAAUUCAGACACACGUAAGGAGUCAUUAUCAGAGCAGGAAUUGCUCACAUCGCAAUGGACGUCGUGUGACAGAAAUGAGAGGAAACAAUCGCAGUCACACGGCACUUUUUCGCGGGAAAAUCUCACGCCUGUUGCGGAAAAUGGAAUGUGUUUAUUAUUUUUUCACACAGCUUUCAUUGUAAUCUUGCAAACAACAAGUUCUUCAGCACAACGAAAGAGUUGCAGCCGUUUUAAGAGCAAUAUCACAUUCAACGCAAAUGGCUCAUCAAUGAUCUUCCAAAGCCCCUCUUAUCCGAGCCGAUACAUUGUGAAUCUCAACUGCACCUACCUGUUUAAGGCCCCAGAGGGCUAUAGGAUUGAGUUGUCCUUCGAUUCCUUUCAAUUAGAGGGUGCAUUUCCGCAAUGUGGGAGUGAUUACAUUGCUGUCAGAGACGGAUCAAGCGGGGAGAGUCCGUUGAUCGGCAAGUUCUGUGGAUCAAACAAGCCAGCUCCAAUUAUUUCUUCGGAAAAUUCACUCUACUUUUUCUUCGUUUCCAAUGAAAAAGAUCCCUUUGAUGGAUUCAGUGGAUCUUACAGAGUUAUUGAUGAAGUUGAGAUCGCCAAAUGCACCCAAGGAAAAACAAUUCCCCCACUUUUCACACGGGGGUACCUCACUUCCCCGACGUUUCCAGGAAAGUAUCCGCCAAACAGAGAAUGUUCGUGGACUCUCCAGGCCCCAGCCGGCCACUUCAUGACAUUGGUCUUCCGUGUGUUUCAAACCCAGUGCCCCGACGAUAAAGUUGUCAUUCGAGAUGGCGAUCAAAAUGGCCAGCUGUUAGGUCAGUUUUGUGGUGAGCGUGAACUACCAGUCUUCCGCGGUCGAAAAUUGUGGGUGUCAUUCAAAUCUGAUGGAUCAUUUGCCUCGGCAGAAAAUGGCUUCAAUGCUACUUUCGAAUCACUACCUUUUAAAGGCCAGAUUACCGACCACUGCACUGGAGGAAAAGACCAAAUAAUCAACGCUUCUGUUCCAGGUACCAUUUCUUCCCCGUGGAUACCCGGACUGUAUCCUAACAACAUGGACUGCACUUGGAAACUUCAGGCCCCUGAAGGAAAGAGAGUGAAUCUGAAAUUUGAUAAAUUUGAGUUGGCAAAACCUUGCGGCGCAGACUUUGUUGAAGUUAGUGACGUCACUGCAGACGAUACCCGCUCAAGGAGUAAAUACUGCGGAAAUUUUCCGGACACCACGUCGGCCGGUGAAGAAGUUGACGUGCGAUUUGUUUCCAAUUCUCAAGGACGCGAGAAAGGAUUUGUCAUAAAAUAUGAGGCUGUUAAUAGAGGAUUUCAAUUGGCCUCUUCAAUAAUAGGAUGCUUUGGACUCUACGCCUUCUCAGUUUUAACGCAAGUUUAUUUUAGAAUUUGAUGAAUAAGGACCAACAUCGAUGUUAAAAUGCUUCAAUGACGUCUUCACCGGUGUUAUAUCUAUAAACACAACCUUCUUCCCAAUAUUCUCUCUCAAUUGGCUUCUGCGGUAUCAAGUUGUUCUCCUACGAAACUUUUUGUUGUUUAGUAAAGAACUAAGGGUCUCCUUACAGUAAGAGAAGGCAGACUAAUAAAAUUACUAAAAACUGGU